AUGGGGUUGGGAUUCGGCGAACAGUCUUUUGCGAUGCUGUUGGCUCAGUUGUUUGGGAACAAAUUCUCGUAUUGUUUCGUCGACCACUUGAAACCAAGUAACUUUAAAAACUACCUCAGUUUCGGACAGGCUCAACAUUCUGUACCAAAGAAACUGCAGUACACAAGACUACUUGUAAUAAGAGACGCUCCAUAUUACUGGCUCAAUGUUACCGGAAUCUCGGUCGGCGAUAAACUGCUAAAUAUUCCAGCAGUUAUAUGGAGCAUUCCGGAUGGUGGUGGAACCAUUAUCGAUUCAGGUUCGAGUUUGACACAUCUAAAAGAAGCUGCAUACGACGCUGUGACGGACGCUCUUAGAGCUACGAUUUCAAAAUUUAAAAAGGUAGAGCUGCCGGUGACUGAGUUUUGUUUCGAAGCUAAUGGAUUCCAAGAAGCAUUGGCUCCUAAACUUGUAUUUCAUUUUGAUGAUGGGGCUGUACUUGAGCCGCCGGUUAAGAGCUAUAUCAUUGAUGCGGCGGAGGGGAUCAAGUGCCUUGGAUUUCAGAAAGUUGGGGGGGAUGAAAUCAAUAUCAUCGGUAACUUUAUACAACAAGAACAUUAUUGGGAGUAUGAUAUUGACAGGUUUAUGCUGGGGUUUGGUCCUUCCACUUGUAUCUUACCCAACCCUAAGGAUUAG